GCUGCCGGCCUCCCUGCCUCCGCCUUGUAAUUGUUUCCCAUCUCGAUUCGAUUCGAUUCGAUUGCGUUUGGCGUUGCUGCUCCUUCGCUUCUUGGAUCCAUCCGAGCAAGGUUCUUGCUGUUUGGGAUCUGCGGCAGCUGCCGCCACCAAUCCAUCGAUCCCAUCCCGCGUGGGAGAGACAAGGGAGGCAGAGGAAGAGAGAUGUCCAAGAUGUUCACCCUCGAGGAGGUCGCCAAGCACAACACCAAGGACGACUGCUGGCUCAUCAUCAGCGGCAAGGUGUACGAUGUGACAAAGUUUCUGGAGGAUCACCCAGGAGGUGACGAUGUUCUCUUGUCCUCAACUGCCAAGGAUGCAACUGACGAUUUUGAAGACGUCGGGCACAGCACCACUGCCCGUGCGAUGAUGGAUGAGUACCAUGUGGGUGACAUUGACACUGCUACAAUCCCUGCCAGGACAAAGUAUGUGCCCCCAAAGCAACCACACUACAACCAGGACAAGACCCAGGAGUUCAUCAUCAAGAUCCUCCAGUUCUUGGUUCCCCUGGCGAUCUUGGGUUUGGCUGUUGCUGUUAGGAUGUAUACCAAGUCAGAGUCCGCUUAGUUCGGUUGUCCUUGGUGUUCAAGAGUUGAGGGUAUCCAAUAAGAUAGCAAGAACUUUGUGAGGUUUACCAGUAUAACAUGUCGUCAUGAAUUCGUCGAAUGUUCUGAAGUGUUGUGGGUUAUGUGGUCCUGGGAUGUGCAUUUGGUGAUUAAGGUGGGAUUGGAACACGUACUGCUCCGUUUGUUAUCUCAGUUGUUAGUGACUUUGCA